AUGUCUUCAGUUUCUGCACUCAAGAACAAAUUGGUCCUGGUUGCUAGGUCUGGCACCUAUGUCAACUUCGCGCCAAGUCAAGUCCAGAAAUACCAUCAUGAAACUGAAAGAUUCUUGAUGAAUUCUUCGGACGAACUCGAUGCGGUGGAAUUAUUCGAUGUGUACGAAAUGCAGUUCCAUCUUGCAUUGAUCACCAGUCACGACGUGGAGGCCAAGGCUAUAUUAGAUAGACUCGUGGAUCAAUUCGGGUCCAGCGAAAACUCGCAAAGAAUCAGAUUACUCCAGUCCAAGUACCUUGAGGUUAUGGGAGAACCAGAACAGGCAUUGAAAGUGUUAGGCAAUGAUCCAGAUGAGUUGAGGUUAUCAAGAAGGUUGACCACCAACAGUCGUAAGAGUGGUAAUGCUGAGGAAUACAUUGCCAACUUGAAUUUUUACUUGGACUUACAACCAUCCGAUUUGAUAACAUGGGCAGAAUUGGGAGACGAGUACGCCAAGGUAGGACAUUACGACAAAGCAGUGUUCAGUUUACAGGAGAUCUUAUUGCAGGAGCCCUUUGCAUACCCAGUUUUCUACAAGGUGGGGUUAUACAACUACUACCGCUUCUUGCAAGAGGAACAAGCAUUGAAAACCGAACGUAAAGACAAAUUAUGGGAGUUGGUGGAGAUACUACAGGACGCCAGGAACAACUACUUGAGGUCGGUGGAAAUAUGCGACGUGUAUAUCAAAAGUUGGAUUGGAAUCUACCUCAUCAGUUCCCACAAAUUCAACGACAAGUUACGCAAGCUCAAUUCGGUCAAGGAAGUGGCCAAGUUUUUGGAGCAGAACGACAAAUUGAAGACCUUGAGUGAAAAGAAGAUCAGGGAGCUUGACCAGGAAGCCUGGGCACAAAUCAAGCAGUAG